AUGACACAAGCAUCGGUUUUUCCUUCUUCUUUUUUUAGCCGUCUUUUCUGUCGUUUCUCAUCUUUCACCCACAAGAGAGGUCCCGUCUAUCCUCCUACUAAAUCCCUAAUUGUUUACCAAUUCGCUUUGCUUCCCUUUUCUUUUUCUCACCCACGUGAUAAUAAUUGUUGUAGCUUUAAUUUCACUCCCACUUGUAGCCGUUUUGUUUGUUCGUCGACCAAACCAUUUCUCUCUUUCUCUCUCUUUCCUGGUGUUUGUGACAAUUCAGCGAAUCUGGGCCGCCUGAAACCACUACGCUUAACUAUUCCUACUACAACUGUUUUGUUAUCCGUACUUAUUCCUUCAACGGCUGUCGCACAGCUCCGUCCGAUUCCAACAAAUACCUGGAGCUUUUGCAAAUCAGAAAUAAGUCUUCAUGGAAUAAUUCCAUGCGAUUUUUGGCGUUUGUACCGGAGAAAACGCAUUUUUUUCAUUGGUGUUUGA